CUCAAGAGAGAGAAAAGGGAAGAGCGAGCGAGGGGGCGAGCGAGCGAGCGAGCGAGGUGGAGCCGGAGCGUGUCAAGUCCCCGGCCUGAUCUGGCCCUGGUCGCUCUUGCCUCCCCGGCCGCACAGACUGACUACUUUGGCUCUCCUCUAGCGCCACAGGAGAGACUCCACAGCAAAAAGUGCUGCUUCGCGAGGUCAGCCCCAGCUGUUGGGGAGCCGCCUCCUCGUUUCUGCACCUGAACCGGGUGUUGCCGCAGAAGCUUCUUAGGGCUGGGAAGCGGAAAAGGAAAACACCCGAAGGCCUGGAAAUGGGGAUUUGAGAGAAAAAUGCCUCCUUUUCCUGUUUCUAGGCCCAGCCCAGUGUCGGGAGGAGGCCUCGAGGAGACAGAGGCGCUGCAGCUGAGGACAGAAACGACAAGACGACCCUCGGCUCCUUAGCAAGAUCGCUCGAUUCACCGCCGCCAUGGCGAUGAGGCAGACCCCGCUCACCUGCUCGGGUCACACGCGGCCUGUGGUGGAUUUGGCUUUCAGUGGCAUCACUCCUUACAGCUAUUUCUUAAUCAGCGCUUGCAAAGAUGGUAAACCUAUGCUACGCCAGGGGGAUACAGGAGACUGAAUUGGAACAUUUUGGGGCCAUAAGGGUGCUGUUUGGGGUGCAACAUUGAAUAAGGAUGCCACCAAAGCAGCUACAGCAGCUGCCGACUUCACAGCUAAAGUGUGGGAUGCUGUCUCAGGAGAUGAGUUGAUGACCCUGGCUCAUAAACACAUUGUCAAGACGGAUUUUACGCAGGAUAGUAAUUACUUGUUAACCAGAGGACAGGAUAAACUGUUACGUAUAUAUGACUUGAACAAACCUGAGGCGAAACCUAAGGAAAUCAGUAGUCACACCUCUGGUAUUAAAAAGGCUCUAUGGUGCAGUGAGGAUAAACAGAUUCUUUCAGCUGAUGAUAAAACUGUUCGAUUUUGGGAUCAUGCUACUAUGACAGAAGUGAAAUCUUUAAAUUUUAAUAUGUCUGUUAGCAGUAUGGAAUAUAUUCCUGAGGGAGAGAUCUUGGUAAUAACUUAUGGACGAUCUUUUAUUGCUUUUCAUAGUGCAGUAAGUUUGGAUGCAAUUAAAUCUUUUGAAGCCCCUGCAACCAUCAAUUCUGCAUCUCUUCAUCCUGAGAAAGAAUUUCUUGUUGCAGGUGGUGAAGAUUUUAAACUUUAUAAGUAUGGUUAUAAUAGUGGAGAGGAAUUAGAAUCCUACAAAGGGCACUUUGGUCCUAUUCACUGUGUGAGAUUUAGUCCUGAUGGAGAACUCUAUGCUAGUGGUUCUGAAGAUGGAACAUUGAGACUGUGGCAAACUGUGGUAGAAACAUAUGGCCUUUGGAAAUGUGUGCUUCCCGAAGAAGAUAGUGGUGAACUGGCAAAGCCGAAGAUCAGUUUUUCAGAGACAGCGGAAGAAGAGCUAGAAGAAAUUGCUUCAGAGAAUUCAGAUGCUAUCUAUAGUUCAACUCCCGAAGUAAAGGCCUGAUCAUCAGGCAUAUGCCACAUAUAGUAUACAACUUAUGAACUUAAACAAGCAAGCAGAGACAAGUGUCGGCCUUCCAGAGUUACUCUCUGCUUAAAGAAAACAGCAGUAAAUAAUGAGGAAUAUGAAGUAGCUCCAGUGCUGGAACUAACUUGGUGUUACCUGGAAGUGAAAAUGGAAGUGUAUCAGAUGAAAGCAGGUGUAGUUAUUCUCUUACAGUGUGAUGGCCUGUUGUCUUUUUAAUGAAUAUAUGCAAGCCAACAUCCAAUUUCUCUUACUACACUUAGAUCUCUUGUACCUGUUUAUGUUAUUAUGAAGAAAAAUAUAUUUGCCUAUUUUUCUGACUUUUACCUUAAGGCAGAAUGCUUGUUUUUUUUUUUUUGUCUUUUUUUUUUGCUGUAGUUGUAAAGAAGAGGGAAUACAUGAUAAAGUAACUGGUUUGUUUUCUUUCAUUGUAUACUGCUUCUGAACAUCUAAUUGUUUUUACUUGUCUAAAUAAAAUGCCUCUAAACAAAUCAAUGUUUGUUUCUUGGGAAAAAUAGAAAAAUGGAUAGGUUUGAGUUUUGUAACUGGAAAUCACCCAAAAGUUUUUCUGUAUCAUAACUAGUAU